CUUGCUAGGAGAGGCUGAGAAAGGCAGCUCUAGGGGAUUUACUUCCAGCAGCAGCAGCAGCAGCAGCACAUGAUCCGUCAAUCGCGUGAUUCUCACCACUGCAGGCUAAUGGGGAGGGUGAAGAAAAAGUGAAUGCUGCUCUGGGGAAGCAACUACAUUUUCUUCUGCUUGUGGGCCCCCUCCACCAGCCGGACGCUUCAUGGCUUCUCCCAGGUUAGAAACCUACUGCUGCCCAAACCGGGAUGCAGCUACCCAGCUAGUGAUGAACUUCCAGCCUGAAGUCUUCUGUGGAGUUUGCAUUGGCAGCGCCUCUGUCAGCCUGCUGCUGACCAUCCUGCAGCUCUUGCCAAAGAAGGGACAGAGCCCACGAAAGAUGCCCAAAGCCUCUUCCUCUUCCACUAUCCUUCUCCUUAUCUCCAUCUGUGACAUUCUUGGUGGCUUAGGUAUGAUCUUCAGGUCAAGUGUAUGGCUAGGCUUCCCAGACUUCAUAGCUAACAUUUCUGUGGCGAACGGGACUGACGUUUGGCCUUCUGUUUUCUGUGUGGGGAGUGCGAUGUGGAUCCAGCUAUUAUACAGCGCAGGCUUCUGGUGGUUGUUUUGCUAUGCUGUUGAUUCUUACUUGGUGGUAAGGAGAUCAGCUGGACUGAGUACAAUUGUGCUGUACCACAUGAUGACAUGGGGCCUCGCAGUGAUGCUCUGCGUGGAGGGAAUUGCACUGCUUUACUACCCAUCGCUCUCCAGUUGUGAAAAUGGCUUGGAGCAUGCAGUCCCACAUUACAUCACAACCUAUGCCCCACUCCUGCUGGUGCUGAUGGUCAACCCAAUCCUGUUUAGGAGGACAGUAUCAGCAGUUGCCUCCUUGCUGAAAGGGAGACAAGGGAUCUACACAGAGAAUGAAAGACGUCUGGGGACAGAGAUCCAGAUUCGCUUCUUCAAAAUUAUGCUGGUAUUUGUAAUUUGCUGGUCAUGCAAUAUCAUCAACGAGAGCCUUUUGUUCUAUCUUGAAAUACAGCCAGAUAUCAAUGAAAUGCCCCUCAAAAACAUCAGAAGUGCUGCACUGAUCACAUGGAUUAUCAUGGGGGUUCUAAAUCCAAUGCAAGGCUUCCUGUUCACAUUGGCUUUCUAUGGCUGGACAGGGUGGAGAGUGGACCUGAAAUGGCGAAAAAGAGAAAUACCCUGGGAAUCGAUGUCCUCAUCAACUGCGGGUGAAAAUGCCUAUCCCUCACCAGUGAAUUACCAAGGCAACACCCAUGAUUCAAAGAAGAUACCAACAACUGACAGCCAGCAGACUGAUGAUGCUAUAAGCAUGUUAUCUGAAGGUAACACCAGUAGUGAGGAUAGAUUAACCAGAAGCUCUCCCAUCUACCAGGGCUGGUAGUUCAUAGGCACAGAGCUGGAUUCCACUUCUCAUGUUUCCAAGACUCAUAAAAGCACAUCACUGUGUGAACCCUUGCAUAUUCUGGAAUUAGGUUUCUGCCCGAUGGCUUGAUGUCCUUUCCUAUAACUUCUGUGUGUGAGAGAGAUCAUGUGAGACAGAGAGAUAUUGUGGUUUGUGUCUUCAUUUGCCUUGUAGGACAUGCCCUAACAGGUACAAAGACCUGGUCCUUUUUCAGCGGGAGUGUAUCCCUACAAAGAUCUUUAUUACUUAGUUUCCAUCCAGUUUGUUUUAAUCUCUCUUGUAAUCUAUACACGAUAGAAAAGUCUUUUGCUGAAAUAAAUGAAUUAUUACUA